ACCAAAGCUUAACUUGUAACACUUUUUGUUUGUUGGUUUGACAAACGGCAUUAGCCCACACUUUCCGCCGAUUAAUCCCUCACGGUCGAAGUUAAAACAGAGGCUCCAGAAGCGCUUGAUUCAUGCGAAUGUGACCCGAAAAGGACAGCACGAUGUCUUCACUUUCACAGACAAAGGAACUCUUCAGGAGAGCAGACGCUGUCUGCUUCGAUGUGGACAGCACAGUUAUCAAAGAAGAAGGCAUCGAUGAACUUGCCAAAUUUUGUGGUGUGGGGGAUGCAGUCACUGAAAUGACACGCAAAGCCAUGGGUGGCUCCAUGACGUUUAAAACUGCACUUACGGAGCGUCUCUCCAUCAUCCGAUGCUCCAGAGAACAAGUGAACAAACUUAUUACAGACCACCCACCUCAGCUGACUCCAGGUAUUAGGGAGCUCGUGGAGCGUUUACACCAGUGCAACAUAAAGGUGUUUCUCAUCUCAGGCGGCUUCCGCUGCAUUGUUGAACAUGUGGCCACUCAGCUAAGCAUUCCUCUACAUCACGUCUACGCCAACCGGCUCAAGUUCUACUUCAACGGAGAGUAUGCUGGUUUUGAUGAGAGUCAGCCCACAGCUGAGAGUGGUGGAAAAGGGAGGGUCAUCAGCAUGCUGAAGGAGCAAUACGGCUUGAAGACCGUAGUGAUGAUUGGAGAUGGAGCCACUGAUCUAGAGGCCUGUCCUCCUGCGAGUGCAUUCAUUGGAUUUGGAGGAAACGUCAUCAGGCCGCAAGUUAAAGAGAGGUCUUUGUGGUACGUCACAAGUUUUGGGGAGCUGCUAAAGGAGCUUGAAAAGAUCUAAGAUGCUACAAUAGUGUUUUCCUAACCCUUUUUUACUAUUCUUGCACCAGAGGAGGUGCCUCUGGGUUUAACUUGGUGCACUUUUUUUCCCUUUUCACUCUGCAUAGAUUUCUACAAUGACUGAAAAUGUCAACUCUAGCCAGACGCAUUUUACCUUCAAGGGGAUGUUAACUGUUGAUUUUUAUAGUAGUAGACACUAAACAAAACACACUGUCUGUGUGGGGUUUAAGAAAUAUUAUUUUUGAUGUUUCUGCACUUUUUAAGUCUUUUGACAAACUUACACAAUUCCUUAAUGUUACGGCAAGUGCAAUGAGUGAUCGAGAUGUUUCAAUUCAGUAUGAAUGCUAAGAGCUGUAACCAGACAUGUCAAUGAGUGUGUUAAGAACAUCAGAAUAAAAAAAAAUAAUGUUA